CGGGGACCCACCCCACCUGAGGCAGGCACCUGCUCGGUCCAGGGCCCACUUGCUCGGGAUUCAGGAUGGCCUCUGCCCGCCGCUGCCUCUCCCUGCUGCUCCUGUCUACCUGCGUGGCUUUGCUGCUGCAGCCGCCACUGGGUGCCUGUGGGGCCCCGCUGGAGCCAGAGUACCCAGGGGACAACGCCACACCGGAGCAGAUGGCCCAGUAUGCGGCUGAGCUCCGCAGGUACAUCAACAUGCUGACCAGACCCAGAUACGGGAAAAGAGACAAAGAAGACACCCUGAACUUCUCGGAGUGGGGGUCCCCCCACAGAGCUGCCCCCAGGGAGCUCAGCCAGACGGACGUGUGAUGCCGCCGCCUGCCUCCUCUCCCUCCCUCCCAGGGCCGCGCCAGCCCGACCCUGCCCCCGCACCCUAGGCUCUGGCCAAAGCCUGUGCCUUGCGCCCACACGGGCUAAAUAAAGCAAAUCAAAAA